UUCACCUCAUAUAAACACACAAAGGGAUAUUUGGCUCACUAGUUGGAUGAUUUAAACUUCGCGCUGACAUUUUGGCGGCAACUGCGUGCUUGUUGAUUCAACGACAAUCUUCUAAAUUCUUUUUUAAUUCUCCCCUUUUUUCUUAAGACAUACAUAAAAGUAUGUCUGUGAUUAAAAAUCUAAUUUCCUAUACUACACCAACAAGAGAAGAAUUUUUUUCGUCUUAUUUGAAGUUGUCACUUGCCGCUCAGAACAAAACGAAACAAAUAUGACUGAAUUAAUGUGUAACUACAAACCGGAAGUCAGCUGUGAUUCUGCUUCAUAUUUGAUCGGUAGAAAGAUCACAGACACAGUAGUACUCCUUGAAAUGUCUCAAAAAUGCAGAAAACGCCUCACAUAUUUCGUCAGUGGAUUAUUUUUUCUGAUGGGAGGGAUAGAGUACGCUGUUAUCCUCCCAACGCUGUGGUUAUACAUGAAGAAUAAUUUCCAUGCCCAGCCGUAUUUCCUCGGACUUGUGUUGUCAGCUUUUAGUUUCUCAGCACUUUUGUUUUCACCUGUGAUCGGCAGAUGCGCAGACGUGUUUAGGAGGCCAAAACUGUUACUUAUUCUCUGCACAUUAUGGGAAGUGGUUGGAAAUAUCAUAUAUUUUAUGGGGAUAUCCAAGUGGUUUUUGUUGGGCAGCCGACUUGUGAGUGGUUUAGGUGCAGGAGGAGAAGCCUUAAUCCUAGCCGAAAUAGGCAGAGUCACAUCAGAGGAGGAAAGGACAGGAGUAAUUUCCAUACUUGUAGCAAUGAGACAACUGGGACUAGUAUUUGGACCAGGACUUAAUAUUUUCCUUCGUCUUUCAAACUUUUACAUUGGACCUUUCAUUGUUGAUAAAUACACUGCACCUGGCGCAUUUAUGGCUUGUAUGUGGUUUUUGCAGUGCCUUUUGCUCAUUUUCUUUUUUACGGAUUUUCACAUUGUGUAUGGAAAUACUAACACUGGAAUUCAGAAUAUUGAAGAUAAGAACAGUGGACAGAAAGAAAGUACUGAUGAUAAGAAGGAAGUCCCCAAGUUGACACUGAAACUCUUGUAUGAUGACUAUAUACGAGAGGAAAUAAUAGUUUUGAUUGCUUUGCAGUUCAACAGCUUUUUCAACCAGCUUGGUUUGGAAACUAUGGCUACUCCAUUGUCUCAGAAAUUGCUCAACUGGGGUGAAAUUGAGAACAGCGUUAUGUACUGCCUAGCUGGUGUAGAAGUGGUCCUUGUCUUCAUGCUAGUGAGAUUUCUCAGCAAGAAAUUACAGGACCGUGUGAUGUUACUUUUUGGUUGUGCAAUGCUAACAUUGGCAAAUUGCUGGUUAUUAUAUGUUGUUCCACAUUCCACACCAGACACCCCACAGAAAAACAUUGCUUUUUUCGCAAUAGGGAUAAUUUUAGAUAUGAUGUCGCUACCCUUUUUAGUUGUAUGUAGUAUUUCAUUAUUUUCAAAGCUGACAAGGAAAGAUACUCAGGGUCUGAGCCAGGGCAUUAGAAGAAGCGUGGUAGGAGUAAGCUGUAUCAUUGCUCCACUAUGGGCCGGUUCAACACUAGACAAACCUUACAUUAUGUUUGGUGUGAUGAUUGGACUUUUGGUGAUGUCUCUGCUGAUGUUAUCAAUUUCGUUCAGUAAACUGAAAUCAGAUAAACAUGAUAAAAAACAAAAUGAUUCGGAUAAACAGGAAGAUAGUUUUAAUGUCCAGAAUGAAAGAGACCAAGAGAGACAGCCAUUACUUUCAUGAAAUAUAUAAUAUAUAUAGACAUAAUACUUAGGGCUAUAUGGACCAUAGAUAUCGGCUUGGAUAGCUUAGCUAGUCACAAGAACACCUGACUACAAAUGAAGGGGUCCCAGGUUCUAUUCCUGGUCCAGCCUAAAUUUUCUCCUUUCCUAUAUCAUUAGGUAUCAUAGACCCGUCCUGUCACCGACAGAUGAAACUACCUACCAGGGGUAUAAAGAUCCUAUAUUGAUAUCUUUUUAAGGAGGGAGAAAUGUGACAGUCAGAUUGGUUUAAUUGCCAGUGACAGGGGUCUUGUGUUUGAAUCCCAGUCUGUUGCAUUUUCCCCCUUUCUGUUACAUUUGGUGUCAUGACCAGCCAUAAAUUUUCUCCUUUCUUAUAAAAAGUAGCAUAGAGUUAUUUAUUUCAUUUGGUCAGGUGAGAGCAAAUAUUUAUAUGAAAUUGAUGUCACAUUCCUGUUUAAAAUAAGCUUUUCUUGAUGUCAUUUACAGCUUUGUAAGGAUAAAAUCGCCAAUCACUUACCACAUAGUUAGAGGGGUACUGCAGUGUCUGUGAUAGUUUUUCCACAGUAUGAAUGAUAAUCAGGGAAUUAUACACAUGUAUAUAUAUAUUUUCAAUUGUUUAUUAUUUUAAGGUAGUACUCUACAUCGUCAUAAUGGCUGACUUCCUUUAAAAACAUGGAUGACAAAAUCGAUAUCAGCAAUAUUUGACUUUUCCUUUUCCAUUUAAAUACCUAGCCGAGUAGCUCAGUAGGUUAGAAUACCGACUGCUGAACUGUAGGUCGCAGGUUCGAGUCCAGCAGGAGUUUUAAUUUUUUUUCAGAUUACCUUCUACUAAAACUGUAUUUUUUGACAAAAUAAAGUAAAUUUGAAAAUUUUCAAAUUCAAAAUAUUUUUGUACAUAUCCUAUACUUUUCAUCUACAUCAAAUUUCUCUGGUGUAGCAUACCUCCUUAAGUAUACAUCCAUGGAUUUGUGAAAUAUUAUUUAUAUUAUUCAGGAAAUUUUGGCUCCCUAGAAAUGUUGCAGAUAAGAAAAAUAUGCGAAAUUUCUCUUCAUAUAAAUGAUACACUUGUUACAUGUAAUUGCACCAAGAAAUAUAGUUCUAAAAUUUAAAAUCUACCGUUUUGAGAAAUUCUGCCAAAUAUCCACAACACCUACUGUACAUAAUCUGAUAUGUGUUAACUGUAUAGUGUACAUGUACUUCAGUUUCUUAUUUAACCACAUCUGAUAUUCGGCGUUUUCAUAAUCUAGCUUUUCUUCCAUGUAUGAUGAAUAGAUUAAAAGAGACAUUUUUGUUUUAGUACAAGCACAACCAUAGGUAUUAACUCUUUACCUCCAAAGACAGGAAAGUGUGAAUCCCACUAAAAUAAGUACAUAUAGAGUAUAUCAGUGUAUUUCAAGUGUACCAUACUCAUUCAUCAUUAACAGGGUUCAUGUCAGCUACUUGACAUAUAAACUUGAACCUCCACCAAUUUUUUUAAUUACAUGUUUAAAAAUCGUUUGGUUUUUUUUUUAAAUAGUCUCAGAUCCUAUUUACGUCCAUGAGUUAACUAGAUAAGAUAUUAAGUAUGUAUAGAUCGAAGCUUUGUGUACAUGCAAUUUUGCGGAAAAUUUUAAAUCAAUGUGAUAUUUCAUAGAAUUUUGAAUCAGGGUUAAAAUGUUAUUGGUAAACUUCUGUAUUGUUUAUGUUAUAUAUAUUACUUUGAAACUGAAGAUGUAAUGUUUUUGGCCCAUCUGUCGGAAUGACACAGUCAUUUGGUGUGUCUAAAACUUAAACUGCUGUCAUUACUUUUGAAUUUCAAUGUAAUUAAGUUCAUACAGUACUUGAUGAACAGAAAGGUCAAAGGCGUGUUACUCUUAACGUAGUUCCACACUCCUGUGACGUCAUAAGAUUUUCCAAAGUCAAUAAUUUAAUGACUGGAACAUAAAUUUUGUUGGAGUCUUUUUCAGUAGUUAUUGUAAAAAAUCUUGUUAGCCAUAAAAUAUUUCAAAAGUCUUAGUUAUAUUUGAAUAGUCAAUAAUGUGUUUCAAAAUAUUGAAUCCAAGGACAAUAACUCUGUUUUCAUUAAAUUAUUUAUCAAGUCCAUUAUGCAAUAAAUUUCCUAUAUUUUUCACAAACAUUUUACCAAGGUGAUAAGGAAUUAUUAUCUGUGUCUUUUCAUGUUAUUACAUAAAAUUUUAAUCCAUCAGUGGUUUUGAAUAGCUCAGCUGUAUGGUGCCAGACUCAGGUUUUUUAUUGGGGGUAUACAUACUCUGGAAGCUAUAGAUUUGAAAUUAUUAAGGAAAGGUAUGGAUUUUUUUUUUCAUAAAUAACUAUAACAGAUGUACAUCUACUAAUAUAAACAGAAAAAAUAAUAUGUAAACCAUGCUAUAAGGAAGUUGUGUCCAUAUUAGUCUGUUUUUUAACAUUUUGGAGAAUAAGGCUAAUUCAAUAAUUUUGCACUUAUUAUACUAAAACUUGAUGAACAUAUUGAAAAUGACAUGUGUUUUUUAGUUAUUGACAUGUUUCCUGGUAGAUAAAUACAAUUUAAAUUAUUAUUUCUUUUUAAAAUAACAACAGAUAACUGUUUCCAAUGAAUUUCAUAAAAAUCUACAUAGGGGUACAUGACUUCAGUAGUGUCUGUAAUGAAAAUUAAUAUGGAAAUCCUUAACUAAUUUGCCUUUUUUCAUUACUCUGAAUGUUAAUCUAUUGAUUCCAAACAAAAAAAUGCUACCUAAACCCCAAAAAUUCAGGACUAAGGACCCACCUUAAAUGUCAUUUAUGAAGGUUGAAUUGAAUGUGACACACUCGGAGACAUAGUGUUUCACUAAUUACAUUUUGUCUCUACUGCUCAUAUAUUUACUUUCAGGAAAAAUGAUAAUCAUUCCAAUCACAGGCAAUUAUAUCACUUGGGUUCAGAUUUAUCAUACUCUUUAAUAGUAAAUUCAAACUCAAGCGAUACAAUUGCCUGCCAUUCCAAUUAUAUAAAUGCACCUUUAUUUGAUUAUAUUCCUACCGUUUUUGAUUAUUUAUAAAACAUUUUGAUUCUACUUUUUUAUCGAUAUAUUUGUUUAUUAUUAUCGUUUUUAUAAAAGUUUUGAUUGUAAUAAUUAAGUAUGUAGCAUGUUGGGCAUCAUUCCUUUAUUAUUGACAAAAUAAAAUUUGACAUUCAGUG